UCUGUCUGUAGGGACUUGUCGAAGUUGGUGUACUUCCUUGUGCUAGAGCGAGAGAGUGGAAGGGGGAGCAGAGGAAGGGUGUGUGUAGACCUAAACAAAGUGAGAAAGAGAGGGAGAGAAGCCAAUUCAUUAGUUUGGAAAUGUGGACAGGUAGUAAGAGCGUGUGCAUGACAGAGCAAGGGAGAGAUAUGGUCUCAUCAGAGAGGAUGUUUGCAACAUAGCAUAUUGCAGUUGGACCACUGAACUGGUGCACAGUAGUGUGAACAUGCUAACUGUGAGAUUUCAGAGAGAGGGGGAAGAGGGAGAGAGUUACUGACACAGAAACAAAGAGCAGAGGGAGAGAGAGAGUGGUAAAGAGAUACAUUAGACAGUGGACUUUCUGUUCCUUUCACUAACAGCACUGAGAUGGAGGAGUAUAAUGUUACAGUUGCUACAGGAACAUCAGAGUAUUCAGGGACCAAUAACUACAUAUACAUUACUCUGGUGGGAGAGAACGGAGACAGCGAGAGAACAACACUGGAUAACCCUGGACUGGACUUCUGUAGAGGAGCGGUGGAUGAAUACAAGGUGUGUAGCCCGGCUCCUCUGGGUCGUGUUCUUUUGGUGCGUCUGGAGAAACAGAGGUACUGGGUAGAGGAUAACUGGUUCUGUCGCUAUGUCACCGUGGCGCCACCAGGUGGUGGUACAGCCCUCACCUUCCCCUGUUACCGCUGGCUCAUAGGAAAUGUCAAGGUGGAGCUACGAGAAGGCACAGCAAUGAGACUCAGUGACGACACAUCUCCUCAGCUUUUGGCUCACAGAAAAGCAGAACUGCAGGAGAGACAGGCGGUAUACAGAUGGGUUGCAUGGGCUCCUGGGAUUCCCAAGUGUAUCGAUGCGAAGACCGAGGCAGACCUUCAUCAGGAUGUUCGCUUCGACAAUGAGAAGAGGAGUGACUUUGAGGGUUCCUUACACUACGCUCUUCUAGAGCUGUCUUUGAAGAAGCUAGCGAUCAGGUUCGGGAAGUCAUGGGACAAUCUGGAUGACUUCAAACGAUGCUUCUGGAAACUCAGGAGCCCCAUAUCUGAGUACUGUAUGGAGCACUGGAAGGAAGACUCGUUCUUCGGAUACCAGUGUCUGAACGGUUCAAACCCCAGAAUGAUCCAGCGCUGCAAAAAGCUUCCGGGAAACUUCCCCGUCUCUGGAGACAUGGUGCAGGGGUCGCUGGCCCCAAGGACCACCCUGGAGAAGGAACUCAAGGUGGGUAACAUCUACUUGGUAGACUAUGCCAUCAUGGAUGGUGUUCCUACCAACGUAAUCAGAGGGAAACCACAGUACAUCGCUGCUCCUCUCUGUCUGCUGUAUGAACACCCAGACCAGGGACUCAUACCCAUCGCCAUACAGCUAGGGCAGACUCCUGGCUUGGACACGCCCAUCUUCCUGCCUAAAAACCCUCCCCUGGCCUGGUUAUUGGCCAAGAUCUGGGUCCGUCACUCAGAGUUCCAGGUGUUCCAGCUCCUGUCCCACCUGUUGAGAACUCACCUGGUGGUGGAGGUGUUCUGUGUGUCAACGCUACGACAGCUACCUGCUGUCCAUCCAGUAUAUAAGCUCCUGGCUCCUCACCUGCGCUAUACUCUGGAGAUUAACUGCAGGGGGCGCACUCAGCUCCUCUCAGCUGACGGCAUCUUCAAAAGGGUGGUGUCUACAGGAGGGGAGGGGCUUCUGGUCCUAGCCCAGAAUGAGUACAAAGUCCUGACCUACCGCUCUCUGCAGCCCUACCAGGACUUCCAGCAGCGCGGAGCCUCCAAGCUCAGAAACUACUUCUACAGGGAAUACAGCCUGAUGCUGUGGGACGCCAUACACAGUUUUGUCUCAGGGAUGGUGUCACUGUACUACCAUUAUGACAGUGAUGUAGUGGAGGACACUGAGCUGCAGGCCUGGAUAAAGGACAUCGCUGACGAGGGCUUCGUUGAUGUGCCCAGAUUUGGUCUGGCCAGGGAACUACACAACAAGACAGAACUGAUCACACUACUGAGUGUAGCUGUCUUCACAAGCUCAGCACAGCAUGCAGCCACCAACAAUGGACAGUUUGACUGGUGUGCGUGGGUACCCAACACCCCGUGCACAAUGCGCCACCCUCCCCCGACGGACAAGGACGCUGUUACCAUGGAGAUGAUCAUGGACACCCUCCCAGACGUCAGCCAAACAUGUUUGGAGAUGGCGAUCACAUGGCACCUGGGACGGCCACAACCGGACGCAAUCCCAUUGGGUCAUUACCAGGAGCAGUACUUCACAGAGUCCCAGGCCCAGGAGGUGAUUGACAAGUUCAGACAGGAACUGAAGGAGAUAGAGGAACACAUCCUGACCCAGAAUGAGGGACUAGAGCUGCCCUAUCUUUUCCUGCUGCCCAGCCGCAUCGAGAACAGCAUCACUAUAUAAUAUACUGAACUAAAAUAUAAAAUAAGAUUUUACAGAGUUACAGUUCAUAUAAGGAAAUCAGUCAAUUGAAAUACAUUCAUUAGGCCCUAAUCUAUAUAUUUCACAUGACUGGGAAUACAGAUAUGCAUCUGGACACAAAUAUAUAUAUUUUUUAAAAUAGGGGCGUGGAUCAGGAAACCAAUGAGUAUCUGGUGUGACCACCCUUUGCCUCAUCUCCUUUGCAUAGAGUUGAUCAGGUUUGAUUAUAGCCUGUGGAAUGUUGUCCCACUCCAAUUCAAUGGCUGUGCAAAGUUUCUGGAUAUUGGCAGGAACUGAAACACGAUGUCGUACACGUCGAUCCAGAGCAUCCCAAACAUGCUCAAUGGGUGACGUCUGGUGAGUAUGCAGGCCAUGGAAGAACUGGGCCAUUUUCAGCUUCCAGGAAUUGUGUAAAGAUCCUUGCGACAUGGGGCUGUGCAUUAUCAUGCUGAAACAUGAGGUGAUGGUGGUGGAUGAAUGGCACAACAAUGGACCUCAGGAUCUCGUCACGGUAUCUCUGUGCAUUCAAAUUGCCAUCGAUAAAAUGCAAUUGUGUUGGUUGUUCGUAGCUUAUGCCUGCCCAUACCAUAACCUGUUUACAAUGUUGACAUCAGCAAACCACUCGCCCACAACGUCAUACACUUGGUCUGCGGUUGUGAGGCUGGUUGGACGUACUACCAAAAUUUCAAAAACGACAUUGGAGCCGGCUUAUGGUAGAGAAAUUAACAUUAAAUUCUCUGGCAACAACUCUGGUGGACAUUCCUGCAGUCAGCAUGCCAAUUCACACUCCCUCAAAACUUGAGACAUUUGUGACAUUGUGUUGUGUGACACAACUGAACAGUUUAGAGUGGCCUUUAUUGUCCCCAGCACAAGGUAAUGAUCAUGCUGUUUAAUCAGCUUCUUGAUAUGCCACACUUGUCAGGUGGAUGAAUUAUCUUGGCAAAGGAAAAAUACCCACUAACAGGGAUGUAAAUAUAUUUUUCUGUGUAUGGAACAUUUCUGGGAUCUUUUAUUUCAGCUCGUGAAAAAUGGGACCAACACUUUACAUGUUGCGUUUAUAUUUUUUUGUUCGGUGUAAUAACAUAGAACCAAAAGCUUACCUUGACUAGGGAAGAGUUCCCGAUGUUGAAUAGUCAUAGCCACCUAGCUAUCUUAGCAUCCCUCUCUGUUUGACUGGCUAACUGCAUUCACUAGCUGUGAAAGUGAACAAAAAAUACAAAAUAUAGCUCUCUCUCUCGCUCACUUGCUUCUCCUUAAUUUUUGAAUAGAAAUGAAUUUGCUCAAAACUGUUCAACUAUUGUCUACUCACCACAUUUUAAGCACUGCCCUGCUAGCUAGCUGUAGUUUAUGCUUUCAGCACUAGAUUCAUUCUCUGGUCCUUUGAUUGGGUGGACAACAUAUGAAUAUAUUUAGUAUAGUUUUAACUUUGUUUCACUAUUUUUCUUUUUCUGAAAUUCACUGAUGAGGAUGGUCCUCCCCUGUGAAGCCUUCGCUGAUACAUAUAGUGUAAAAACAUAGACCAUACAUACUAUAUAGAUUAAAACCAGGGACUGGAGCUGCCUUACCUUUUCCUACUGCCCAGCUGCAUCGAGAACAGAAUCACUGUAGUGAACAGCAUCACUAUAGAGCAGGGAUUCCCAAACUCGGUCAUGCCACCCCCUCCCCCCAGCUGCACGGUUAGUUUCUUACCCCAGCACUACACGGCCGAUUCAAAUAAUCAAAGCUUGAUGAUGAGUUGGAUAUUUGAACCAGCUGUGUAGCGCUAGGGCAAAACCCAAAGCGUACACCCGGGGGGGUCAGGACAGAGUUUAGGAAACCGUUAGAGAACAGAAUCACUUGACCGAUUGGGUCUUAUCACCAUGACCACAAAAAUGGACAAUGGGUAACAUCCCAUUCCCAACCGUCUAAAGUGCCUUACCUCUUCCUACUGCCCAGCCGUAUAGAGAAAAGCAUGUAGACCUCUGUUUAGUCUUGUCCUCUCUUUUGUCUUUAAUGUAUGGGGCUCAAACACUGGUCGAUAGGAGAUGUACUGUGAUUAUUACCUGUAACAUUUAUAAUAAUGUAAUAAGAUAAUGUUCUAUAACUAUGCUAUUACACUUGGGGAUUUUCUUGCCAUGUUACUGUCUAUCCAGGGACGGCACUGUAAAUUAGCACAAGCUAAUAUGUUAUGGUGCAAUGCAUCUUACUGUCGUAAAUUUCUUUGUGUCAAUGUUAUUGCAUAUGACCCUACUCAAAUAAAACGUUAUUUUUAAAACUA